AUGGAAGAGAUGAUGAUAAUUGUGGGCGGGAUUGGGACGACGAAGAACAAGGCUAGAAUUCACGGUAACAAAAGUUGGGCUCGAGUCCGGGGAAUGGGUGAUGUAUGUGAGAUUGGUGACGGUUUCAUCGUUCUGGGGAUUAAGGGUGCUACUGACGCGAAGAACAUGGUCCAAAAUGUCCUCGAAGAUCUGCACACUUACGGUUUCGAAGGCAAGGAGCUGGCAAAGAAGUUGAUCAUGCACAACAUCGAGAUCCUAGGGCCCCUCACGAAGAAGAUGACAUUGCGACAGAUUCUGGCAGGCUACAGAGCACUGAAAUUACCGAGGUGGGGUUCCGAAGACAAACAACCAUCAAUAACUUAG